AUGAUAUGUUUCUGCUGUCUGUCUACUUUCAACGGGCUGAAAUCAAUAACUGAACAUUAUAGAAUUGUACAUAAGCUCAACGAAACAUCAACUUAUGAAUGUUUGGAAAAUGACUGUCAACGAAAAUUUGGAUGCUACAAUUCAUACAGAAAGCAUAUAACCAGAACGCACUUCCAUACAAAAUGCAAUGACAUUGGAAAGCAAUCGAAAAUCGAUACGAUCAGUAAAUCUCCAAAUUCUGAUAGAAUUGGGAAUUAUGAUAAUUCUAGUAGUCAGAGUGAAGUUCUACACCACAAUGCUGAUGAAGUAAUUAAUAAUGUACAAACAGAUAAUGUAGUUGAAGAUGAACCGCUUGUUGAACCAUCAGAAGACGAUGUUGAGGCAGAAAAGGAAGCAUUUCUUCUAGCAAUACAAACCUUCACAUCUGAGCUUUAUGCUCUGAAUUUGCCAAGAUCAUACGUUCAGAUCAUCAUCGAGAAAAUAACAAAACUAUUGAACCACAAAUUAGUGACUAAUUUGAAAAACACCAUUUUACGUACAAUCCUCGGUACGAUGACCGAUGAAAAUUCAUCUAGUAUGCAGAAUAUAAUGUCUAGAAUCAAUACAUCAUUCUGUAGAAUUCAAAAUCCAUUUGAAGGUGCCUUGAGCGAGUAUACGAGAUUGAAACAGAUUAAUGCUAGCGGAUAUUUAAUAAAGCCCUGUGAAAAGGUUGUGGGUAGUUACCUGACUAUCAAGAAUAAUGCAAAAAAACCUACAACAAUAUCUUAUGAGAAUCUUACUAUUCAAACAGUAGAUAUGAAGCGUGUAUUGAAAAAUGUAUUCGAGAUGCCAAAUUUUUUCAAGAAGAAAACCCUGAAAAUGAGACUUGAGAAAACGCUGGAGGGAAAAGUUAUUUUAAUGUUUGCUGAGAAAAACAAAAUCAAUAGAAGGCAUCUUGCUAAAUUUCUCGUCGAAGAAAAGAUGGACGGUGAUGUGAAUAGAAGGAUAACCAAAGAAGAAUUUGAGCGAAUGGCAGCAGAAAUUGUUGAUGCGUUUCCUUCUGAAACGAAGGAAAUUUAUUUUAUUCCAUCUAGGAGGAUUAUGAAUAAAAAAAUCAGUGCGAAAGGGAUUCUCUACGAUCACUAUUGUAAUAAGAGAAAGAGACUAAUUAAACUUGGACUCGUACAGAAAUCUUCAGCAUCAGCGCAAAUUACAUCAGGGAAUAUCGCUAUUGAAUUAUCCCUAAACGAACAAGAGGAUAUCACUUGGUUGAGAAACUCUAUCGAACCAUGGACUAUUGUCUUAGAAAAAUGGAAGUUGCCAGCCGACGACCUGCCCAAUAGUGAAGUAUUGCCGCUUCUUAUACUCCCACUAUACUUUCCACCAAAAAAAAUCAAGAAUACUAGCUGGAGACCAUCAAAAAUGGAAAUUCAGGAGGGGUUCAUUCUUUUUGUCAAGAACGUUGCAGAUAUUCAACCACAUUUGUUCUACAAGAGGAACAAAUAUGAGAAAUUGAAGUUGACAAUGCAACCAAUACCCAUAUUCAUAGGUGAAAACUAUACAAAAAUUGAAAAAUCAUUCGUUAGCAUCAGCGACAUUUUCUGGGAGGUUCAAUCACCAUUGCAAGCGAUUGAUAUUUGUUUCAAAUGUUUCCAUGUUUUUGAUGCCAAAUAUCCAGUGGAAUCUGACAUGAUCUGGCUCUUCAUACAACAAACUUUGUAUGAUAUACAUACCAGCUAUGACACAGAUUAUGUAUCUUUGAAAUCACUGCAAUGUGAAAUUGAUUGA